UUUGUUGGUAGAUGUUUAAAAAGGUCCAGAGUCCACCACCACAGAUAAUCCAGUGAUUAUCCUGCGAUGUAAAAAUAUCUGAAAAGAUGAGAGGAAGACACUGAUAUCUGAACUUAAAGUUACAGAGCCUGUUUGGAGAGGCUGUGUUGCAGACACAACCAGCCCAUAAUUACCCCUCAAUGAGAGGCCUCAAGAAAGAAAUAUCCGGAUAUCACUUUUCUCCUCCCUCUGACAUAGUGAUGUGUUGUCAUUAUUUCUAUUAUUGUAUACUGUUUGAAAGUGACACAUUUUCUAUCGCCCUUGCUUCGUUGAUUGACAUUUCUGACAGUUUCCAUGCUGGUUGACAAAGCAAGUGAUUCUGCAGUUGCAUAAAGUUACAUCUAUUUUACUCCUGUCAUUUGUGCUGUGCUUGCUAUACAUUUUUACUGCUAUAUGGGAAUUUAAGAAAUAAUUUUAAAGUGUUUAUCACUAUUAUUAAUUUAUUUUUUGAAACAGAGUCUCACUCUGUUGCCUACGACACUGCAGCCUCAUCCUCCCAGGCUCAAGGGCUCCUCCCAUCUCAGCCUUCCAAGUAGCUGAGACUACAGGUGUAUGCUACCAUGCCCGGCUAAUUUUUUUUGUAUAUUUUUUGUAGAGAAGGGGAUUCACUCCAUUGCCUGGGCUAGUGUUGAACUCCUGGACUCAAGCGAUCUGCCCAGCUCGGCCUCCCAAAGUGUUGGGACUACAGGGAUGAGCCACUGCGCCAGGCCAAAUGAAAAAAUAAUUCAUACUAUCUUUGUUACCAGUCUUAAAAUUUAAAAUAUACCCCAUUUAAUUUUAUUUUUUGAAACCUAUCCUUUAAAAAAUUGGUUUAAAGUCUUAUUUUUCUGUUGGGUCUCAUGUUUUUGGUAAAGUGGUCAUUAGACCAAGUUUGAUGUACACAAAUACCAUUUAUCUGUCUAUGCCAGUGUAUUUGCUGAGCUCCCAUCAUGAACUUUGAGUCCCUGAGGAUCUUGAAGUUAAGAAGGUUCCUGCUCUAGAAAAUAUGUAAGCUGUAUAAACAACAAUAACAACGAGGAAGGGCAUGAAAAUCUAAUUUCUGUGACUCAAUUCAAUUCAGUAGAUCUCAUAGCCUUAUUAUCUGGGGGAGAAUCAGAACACAUAGGCCCUAAAUUUAGUCAUAAACUUUAGUCUAGAUAUAUUUUUCCAGAAGAAAGUGGUAGUCGUGGGGACUCAGCCCCAGAAGCAGCUGUCACUUGCCAUUAUAUCAGACUCUGUUGCAUUAAGCUUUCCAAAAAUAGAAUUCACAUCUUCAAAUUCCCGUAUUCCUUCGGGUAUCCCCAACAGACUUUUUCCCCAGUGGACAAACAUUAUGUUCUUACUUUCGACAAUCAUUUCAACUGUGAUACAGGAAUUUGAUUCUAAAAAUUCAGGGGCAGGAUCAGCUCUUUCCAGCCCCUUCUAGCUCUAAAUCUUAGGAAACAGUGGGUGCCACUGCAGGCGCAGUGGCUCACGACUGUAAUCCCAGCACUUUGGGAGGCCGAGGCGAGCGGAUCACAAGGUCAGGAGAUCGAGACUAUUCUGGCUAACACGGUGAAACCGCGUCUCUACUAAAAAGACAAAAAAAUUAGCCAGGCGUGGUGGUGGGCGCCUGUAGUCCCAUCUACUUGGGAGGCUGAGGCAGGAGAAUGGCGUGAACCCAGGAGGCGGAGCUUGCAGUGAGCCGAGAUCGAGCCACUGCACUCCAGCCUGGGCAAGAGAGCGAGACUCCGUCUCAAAAAAAAAAAAGAAAUCAACAAAUGUUAUAAAAGUAUUUUUUAAAACAUUUAACUGAUUUUUCUAUUGGGGGGAAACAGCUUAAUGGUGGAAUGUACAAAAACCUACCUGUUUCCUUUGUAAGACUCUAGACAGAGAGAUCCAGGCCUGCAAUUCAGGUAAGAGAAAGCCAUUUUAGAAUUUGGAGUUUGUCUUCUUGUAGAUAGAAUAGUGUUAUGAACUGAAUUUUUGUGUCCCCUCCACCUCCAUUCGUAUGUUGAAAUCCUCAAUAUGAUGGUACUAGGAGGUGGAGUAUUCGGGAGGCUAUUAGUUCGUGAGGGUGAAGCCCUCACAAAUGGGAUUAGUGUCCUUAUAAAAGGGGUCCCAGGGCUGUGGUGGCGGCGGUGGAGGCUGAGGGGGCGGCUGAGGUGGCGACGGAGGAAACAGAAGAUGGUAGAUUUUUUGAAAGGACUGCCUGUCUACAGCAAAAGCAAUUUUAGUCGAUUUCACGGGGACUCCGUGUGCAAAGCCUCGAACCAACGGCCCUCAGUCUACCUGCCCACCCGAGGGUACCCGUCUGAACAGAUCAUCGUGACCGAAAAGACAAACAUCCUCCUGCGCUACCUGCAUCAGCAAUGGACAAAAAGAACGCUGCCAAGAAGAGACCAGGAACAAGUGGAGCUGGAAGGCGCGACCUCGGCGCCCCUCCGCAAGGUGGCGCUGACCCACAGCCCAGAGAGGCACGAGGACACUUAAGACUGUGGAACCCACAGGCGCCUCCCGUCAGGUCUGCUCCUCGGUCGCCCACCCGCCCACCUCCUGGCCUACCCAUCCACACCCUGCGUCCACACCAUUUCCAACCUCAUAGGAGCCGAGGAUUUUGCUCUGUCACCCAGGCUGGAGUACAGCUCAUUGCAUCCUCAAUCUCCUGGACCGAAAUGAUCCCCCUGCCUUGGCCUCUUGAGUAGCACGUGCCACAAUAUCAGGCUAAUUUUUUAUUUUUUGUAGAGGUGGGUCUAUAGAGCCCAGGCUGGUCUUGACCUCCUGGGCUCAAGUUAUCCUUCUGCCUCAGACUCCGAAAGUGCUGACAUUAUCGGCAUGAACCGCAUUGCCCGGCCUAAUAUCCAUAAAACUCUUCAUGUUGGGAUUUGCCAGAGGUACACAGCUCUGAACAGAAAAUCUGAUCAUAUGUAUGACAUCUGAAGGAGCCUACGAGAUUUUUUUUAAUUCACUCCAUAUCUGUUACAGUAAAAUAAAUCAACUUUCUCAAUCUUAGC